GCUGGGAAGGGCCAGCAGCGGCGGUUCGCUCGGGGGCCUCCUGGGGGGCAGGCUGUCGGAGCCGUUCGGCCCAGACGGCCCCCAGGGGACCGCCCCCGUCGGCGGCGGCGCCUCGUCGAGCGGCGGCCCGCCGCAGGGCCGGGACCGUGCGCCCGCCGAGGACGACAUGGAGCAGGACGACCUGGGCGGACCUGGCGCUGGCCCCGACCAGCAGGGAGCCGCAGCCGGUCGCCCGGGCGCCGGCGGCGAGGAGGGCAAGGUGCCUUCCUUCAGUUCAAUAUUGGAGAAGUUGAAGAAUUUGAAGCACAAGGACACCAAAGCAGAGACUGAGAAGACAGGCGGCGGGGCGGACGACGACAUGGACAUGCAGCUGCCGCCGCGACCCGCUGCGCUAAUGGAGUCCUCUGGGCUCAUGGCCAACCUCCGGGACCUGGCCAUGCAGGCCGAAAAGGCCACCCAGGAGCUCCAGGGGCAGGAGGCCCAGCCUCCGCAGCAGCAGCAGCACGGCCCGCCGCCGCCGGCGCCGCCGAGGGAGCCGGAGAUGUCAGAGGAGGAGAAGCAAGACCUCGAGAAGCAGAAGGCCGCGACCGCGGCCGCCGCGGCCGCCGCCGUGGCCAGCGGCGCGGCCUCGUCGGCGCAGGCGGCCGUGUUGGAUCCGUCGGUAGCCACUGCUGUAUUGGGCGACCUCUCCGACAUGAGCAACCCGUACGCGCAAGCGAUCGCCGCCGGCGCCGACCCCAUGCAGCUGGCCCUCGCGGCGCAGCUGGAGACGG